CUUUAUUGUCAGUGGAUGGUUGCCAUGCCAACUGUUUGUCUUAAACUGAGUUUGUAAACAAAUCACAUUACAUUUGACAUGUCUGGUUUAACCAGAGUUUUUAACCCUUCCGAACAUGGUCACGUCUUCCAUAAAUCGACUUGUGCCCACCAGAUUCCUAACUCUAAUUGCUCAUUUUACAAUAGCUGUGAUUGCACUUUGGGCAAAGGAUGAAAAUGUUAAAGCCAGUUUACCUGUUGACCACACAGUCAACGACUUCAACGCUAAGGCUUACGAGAUGACUGUAGGACUCAGCCUUGCUAUUGCUUUCAUUGGCUUGGAGCUCAUAGGCUUUUUGUCUGGUGUCUCUUUUUUUAUGCCAUUCAUCAGUUUAAUAUCAAUUGCAGCACAUUCCAGUGCAACAGUUCUACUUGCUCACUUCUUAUUUGAUGUAUGGAAUUGUGAAGUGUACUGGUGGAUUUUUACCCUCUGCAGUGCUUUGCCUGCAACUCUAGAGUUGGGUGCAUUUGUUAAACUGUUGCAGCAUCUCUGAGCACUCUAAUCCAGCAAUUACAGUAGAUUCUGAUAAAAAAAAAAUUAAACCCUUCAUAACCUCAUA